AUGAAGACGAAGAACCUCCUGGAAUCUGGCAGGCAGCUUAUAAAAAGCUUUAGCGUUCAGAACUGCGGUGCUUUGCUGGACGUGCGGAGCAAAAUAACCCUUAAUAAGAUAGCAGUUUUUGUUACGUUACCCGUUACAAACUCUUUGGAAUUUGUUCGUGGAGCAGAUGCUGAAAAACACGGCAAUGAGAAUGUACCAUUUCGUUUUGUCUUCCAGCAAAUAUUGCGGCAUGCCCGUGGAAAUGCCACAAAGGUGAUAUUUCUUAUUACUGAUGGCUAUUCCAAUGGGGGAGACCCAAGACCCAUUGCAGCAUCCUUGCGUGAAUUUGGAGUGGAGAUCUUCACCUUCGGCAUAUGGCAGGGGAAUAUCCGAGAACUGAAUGACAUGGCUUCCCAUCCAAAAGAAGAUCAUUGUUACCUUCUUCACAGUUUUACUGAGUUUGAAGCUCUGGCACGCAGAGCUCUUCAUGAAGACCUGCCCUCUGGCAGUUACAUCCAAGAAGAUAUAUCCCAUUGUUCAUACCUCUGUGAGGCAAAUGAAAACUGCUGCGACGUCAUGGCAAGUUGUAAAUGUGGCACUCACACUGGCCAGUUUGAGUGCAUCUGUGAAAAAGGGUACUAUGGGAAAGGACUACAGCAUGAAUGCACAGCCUGUCCACCAGGAACAUACAAGCCUGAAGGUUCACCAGGUGGAGUCAGCACUUGCAUCUCAUGUCCCAAUGAAAAUCAUACUUCUCCACCAGGAAGUACCUCCAUUGAGGAUUGUACAUGCCGGGAGGGAUAUCGUGCUGUAGGACAAACCUGUGAAGUUGUGCACUGCCCUGAACUGAAGCCCCCUGAAAAUGGUUACUUUGUCCAGAACGUCUGCAACAAUUACUUUAAUGCUGCCUGUGGAAUGCGAUGUAAAGCAGGAUUUGAUCUCGUGGGAAGCAGCAUCCGGCUUUGUCAACCAAAUGGCCAGUGGUCUGGUUCGGAGGCUACAUGCAGAGUUCGAACAUGUCCCAAGCUUCGGGCUCCUGAAAACGGACGCAUUAAUUGUUCAACAUCUGAUACCUCCUAUAAGACGGUGUGUUUUGUGGCCUGCAAUGAGGGCUAUGAACUAGAAGGAAACACCAAACUGACCUGCCAGGGAAACUCACAGUGGGAUUCAAAGGAGCCUAAGUGCAUGGAAGUGCGUUGCCCCAUCUUCCAGAAACCUGCAGGUGUAACAGUACUCCCUCCAAGCUGUGGGCUGGAGCCAGCUGUUUCUGGGACUGUGUGCCAGUUGAGCUGUCCCCAGGGAUUCAUCUUAUCUGGAGCUAAAGAAGAAAUAAGGUGCAUUUCAUUUGGGAGAUGGAGUGCAAACAUCCAGGAGGCUCUAUGUAAAGAUAUUGAAGCUCCUCGGAUCCGCUGUCCAGAAGAUAUUGAGACUCAGACUCUGGAACAUCAGAAUUCUGCUAAUGUCAGCUGGCAGGUCCCAACAGCCGAAGAUAACUCUGGAGAUGAGGUCUCAGUUCAUGUUACCCCAGCUUUCAUACCACCGUAUCUUCUCCCGAUCGGCGAAGUUGCUAUUACUUACGCAGCGGUUGAUAAGUCAGGCAAUGAGGCAAGCUGUACGUUCAGUGUCAAGGUUAUUGAUACAGAACCUCCUGUAAUUGACAGAUGCAGAUCCCCACCCGCUGUGCAAGCACUGGAGAAGGAGUACCCAGCCACAUGGGAAGAACCUCAGUUUUCAGACAAUUCAGGUGCUGCACUGACUAUUACUAGAAGUCAUGCACCUGGAGAUCUCUUCCCCAAAGGAGAGACAACAGUUCAAUACACAGCUACGGACCCGUCUGGCAAUAAUAGGACAUGUGAGAUCCAUAUUGUCAUCAAAGGUUCCCGUUGUGAAAUCUCCUUUGAGCCUGUGAAUGGUGAUUUUACAUGCACAUCAGACGAAGCAGGUGUUAAUUGCACGUUAAGCUGCGCAGAGGGUUUUAGCUUUUCAGAAGGAUCAAGUGAAAAUUACUAUUGUGCUUAUGAGGAUGGUGUCUGGAAGCCACCUUAUUCUCCAGAGUGGCCCGACUGCUCUUUAAAUCGUUUUGCAAACCAUGGGUUCAAAUCCUUUGAGAUGCUCUAUAAAGCAACACGAUGUGAUGACAACAGUCUUCUAAAUAGUUUUGCUGAUGCCUUCCAGAGUGCGCUUGGUAAAAUGGUCCCAUCAUUCUGUAAUGAUGCUGAUGAUAUUGACUGCAGAUUGGAAGACCAGACACAUAAACAUUGCUUAGAAUAUAAUUACGAUUACGAAAAUGGAUUUGCCAUUGGACCUGCUGGUUGGGGGGCAGCAAACCAGCUGGAUUAUUCCUAUGGUGAUUUCAUUGAUACAGUGCAGGAAGAAGACCUAUCCAAGCAUCUCUCUGCCUCUGUAAAGGCAGCACCUGCUCGGGUCAAAAGACAUAAGAAGCUCAACAUUCCGAUGACUGACCACAAAAUUAAGUUAAUAUUUAACAUCACAGCUAGCGUGCCAUUGCCUGAUGAAAGGAAUGAUACAUUGGAACUGGAAAACCAGCAAAGACUCCUUAAAACUCUAGAGACUAUCACGAACAGGCUGAAUAGGACUCUCAGUAAGGAACCCAUGUAUUCUUUUCAGUUUGCGUCCGAACUCAUUGUAGCUGACAGCAACUCGCUGGAGACCGAGAAGGCUUUUCUUUUCUGCAGGCCUGGCUCCGUGCUGAGGGGAAGAAUGUGUGUCAACUGCCCGCUGGGUACCUAUUACUCUCUGGAGCAUCACGCCUGCGAAAGCUGCUGGACCGGAUCCUACCAAGACGAGGAAGGGCAGCUGGAAUGCAAAAGUUGUCCAUCUGGUAGCUAUACGGAGUACCUACACUCCAGAAGCAUCUCUGAGUGCAAAGCUCAGUGCAAGCAGGGAACCUAUUCACUUAAUGGUCUUGAAACCUGCGAAUCGUGUCCACUUGGCACAUAUCAGCCAGCAUUUGGAUCCAGGAACUGCAUUUCUUGCCCAGAAAAUAUGUCAACAGUAAAAAGAGGCGCUGUGGAUGUCUCAGCCUGUGGAGUGCCAUGUUCUGCAGGAGAGUUCUCUCGUACAGGUUUGAUACCUUGCUACCCCUGUCCCAGAGACUACUAUCAGCCAGACCCAGGGAAGUCCUACUGCUUGUCUUGUCCCUUUUAUGGGACAACAACCAUCACUGGUGCCAGAUCCAUCACAGAUUGUUCAAGUUUCGGCUCUACUUUCUCAGCAGCUGAGGAAAGUGUUAUGAUGGUCCCAGCCUCUCCAGAAAAUAUCAGCAAGCAGUACAAAGUCAGCAGUCAGGUCUUUCACGAGUGUUUCCUGGAACCGUGCCACAACAAUGGGACAUGCAAACAGUUGGGAAGUGGAUAUAUUUGCAUAUGCCCAAUUGGAUAUACAGGUUUGAAGUGCGAAACUGAAAUUGAUGAGUGUAAAUCAUCUCCUUGUCACCACAAUGGGAUGUGUAAGGAUGGCAUUGGGGCCUUUGUUUGCCAUUGUCAACCAGGCUAUUCAGGUCUCUUGUGUGAAGAAGACAUAAAUGAAUGUAGCUCCAGCCCAUGUUUGAAUGGAGCCCAGUGUGUCGAUGACAAGAACAGUUACCACUGCACUUGUGCAGAAGGGUUCACAGGUGCUCGUUGUGAAGUGGAGGUCAAUGAAUGCCUUUCAAACCCGUGCCUUAAUAGGGCUGUUUGUGAGGAUCACAUUGGCAGUUUCUCCUGCAAGUGCCUUCCAGGUUUUACUGGUGUCUUAUGUGAAAGAAACAUCGAUGAGUGUCUCAGCAGACCCUGUAGGAAUGGGGCUACGUGCAGAGAUGGUAUCAACAGCUUCAGGUGUCUGUGUGUGACAGGAUACACAGGACUGAACUGUGAAAUGAACAUCAAUGACUGUGACUCCAGUCCCUGCUUAAACCAAGCCACCUGUGUGGAUGCCUUGAACUCGUACGUUUGUAAAUGUCCCCCUGGCUUUACAGGCAGCAGGUGUGAAACAGAACAGUCCUCUGGUUUCAAUCUUGAUUUUGAAGUCUCUGGUAUCUAUGGAUAUGUCAUGCUUGAUGGUGUUCUCCCAUCUCUUGGUGACAUCACCUGUACGUUCUGGAUGAAAUCCACUGAUACCACAAACUAUGGGACUCCCAUUUCUUAUGCAGUGGAAAAUGGAAGUGAUAAUGCAUUUCUGCUGACAGAUUAUAAUGGCUGGGUUCUUUAUAUAAACGGGAAAGAGAGGAUCACAGACUGUCCUUCAGUGAAUGAUGGUAACUGGCAUCACAUUGCAGUCACGUGGACGUGCACGGAUGGGGCAUGGAAAGUGUACAUUGAUGGAAAGCUGUCUGACGGAGGCAGUGGGCUCUCAGUUGGCUCAAGAAUCCCUGGUGGAGGUGCCCUUGUACUGGGACAAGAACAAGAUCAGAAAGGAGAAGGAUUCAACCCAGCGGAAUCGUUUGUGGGCUCCAUCAGUCAGCUCAACAUUUGGGACCACGUCCUGUCUCCGCAGCAGGUAAAAUCUCUGGCUACAUCCUGUCCAGAAGAACUCCAAAAAGGAAAUGUACUAGCCUGGCCAGAUUUCCUGCCGGGAGUUGUUGGAAGAGUGAAGAUAGAUUACAAGAGUGAAUUUUGUGCUGACUGCCCAGCCUUGCAAGGAUCCAUACCACAUCUGCGGGCCUCUUCGACCGAUUUAAAACCGGGGUCAAAAGUGAGCCUUUCCUGUGACCCAGGUUUCCAGAUAGUGGGCAACUCCGUUCAACACUGCCUUAACCUGGGACAGUGGACCCGACCUCUUCCCCGCUGUGAAAGGAUCAGCUGUGGAGUGCCUCCUCCUUUAGAAAAUGGAUUUUAUUCAGCCGAGGACUUUUUUGCUGGCAGUACUGUUACCUACCAGUGCAAUAAUGGCUACUAUUUGUUGGGGGACUCCAGGAUGUUCUGCACAGACAAUGGGAGCUGGAAUGGCAUUCCACCAUCUUGCCUUGAUGUUGAUGAGUGUGCUGUUGGAUCAGACUGUGAUGAACAUGCAUCUUGUCUUAACACAAAUGGAUCCUAUGUUUGCACUUGCAUCCCUCCACACACAGGAGAUGGUAAAAAAUGUGCAGAACCGGUGAAAUGCUAUAAUCCAGGAAACCCAGAGAAUGGUCACUUAUUUGGGGACGCUUACAGUGUUGGCAGUGAAGUAACUUUUUCCUGUGAAGAAGGAUUUCAGCUGACAGGAAUAACUAAACUUACAUGCCUGGAGUCUGGAGAGUGGAGCCACCCAAUACCAUAUUGUGAAGCUAUAUCCUGUGGUGGUCCAGUUAUUCCAGAGAACAGCGCCAUUUUGGGCUCAAAUUUUACAUACCGCAGUAAGGUGAUAUACAGAUGCAAUGAUGGCUACAACUUAGUGGGAGCAAAGGAAAUUCUGUGCCUUGCUAGUGGCGUUUGGAAUCAUCCUCCCCCCUCCUGUGAAAUAGUAACGUGUCCUAGUCCAGAAGAUGUCAGCAAUGGAAAAUACGUGCUCAGUGGCACAACCUACCUUUCCUAUGCAUCGUAUACCUGUGACAGUGGAUACAGCCUUCAGGGACCCUCUGUACUUGUCUGUGAAUCUUCAGGCAACUGGAACAGCACACCUCCAGCUUGCAGCAUUGUCUCUUGUGGACCCCCUCCUGCCAUCAAAGAUGCAGUCAUCAAUGGAAGUAGCUUCACUUUUGGAAACACAGUCUCUUACAUGUGUAAGGAAGGUUACACAUUAGUUGGCCCUGCAACCAUAGAGUGCUUAGCCAGCGGCGAGUGGAGCAUGAGCCACCAGCAGUGCCUGGCAGUGUCCUGUGAUGAACCACCCCAUGUGGAAAAUGCAUCCCCAGAGAGUGGCCACCGCCUCUUUGGCGAUAUAGCUUAUUACUUCUGCUCAGAUGGCUACAGCCUGGCUGAUAACUCUCAGCUUCUUUGCAAUGCAGAAGGGAAGUGGGUGCCUCCGGAGGGCAGGGAGAUGCCCCACUGCAUAGCUGAUUUCUGUGAAAAGCCAUCCACCGUCUCCUACAGCAUCCUGGAGUCCGUUAGUAAAGCCAGGUUUGCAGCCGGCUCGAUCGUGAGCUUCAAGUGCAUGGAAGGCUUUGUUCUGAACACUUCAGCCAAGAUCGAGUGCCUUCGAGGUGGCCAGUGGAAUCCUUCUCCUUUGAGUAUCCAGUGCAUCCCAGUUCGCUGCGGAGAACCUCCCCACAUUAGCAAUGGCUAUGCCAGUGGGACCAACUACAGCUUCGGAGCAGUGGUGGCUUACAGCUGCAACAAGGGGUACUACAUCAAGGGGGAGAAGAAGCGGACCUGUGAGGCCACUGGCAACUGGAGUGGCAGUUUGCCCACCUGCCACCCAGUGUCCUGUGGAGAACCACCCCAGCUUGAGAAUGGCUUUAUUAAGGAAACAACUGGACGCUUCUUUGAGAAUCAGGUGAAUUAUCAGUGUGAGUCUGGCUACCGGCUGGUUGGGAGCUCGGUAUUUAUUUGCCAAGCCAAUCGACAAUGGUACAGUGAAUCACUUCCGCAGUGUGUUCCCCUCAGCUGUGGAAAACCUCCACCCAUCCAGCAUGGCUAUGCCAAGGGAGAAAGCUUUGAUAUGGGCUCCAAAGUUGAGUUUUUCUGUGAUGAAGGCUAUGAAUUGAUUGGAGAUAUCUCAUGGACAUGUCAGAAGUCUGGGAAAUGGAGCAAAAAGCAAAGCCCAAAGUGUGUGCCAACAAAAUGUCCAGAACCACCCUUGGCAGAAAACCAUCUGGUCCUGAAGGAAGUGACUUACCAAGUUGGUGUUGUCCAGUUCUCCUGCAAGGAGGGUUACGUUUUGCAUGGUUCCUCUGUGCUGAAAUGCUUGCCCUCCCAACAGUGGAAUGAUUCCUUUCCUUUCUGCAAGGUUGUACAGUGUCAUGCACCUCCAUAUAUUCCCUUUGGUGACCCUUUGACUUCAUCCCUUCAUUUUGGUAGCACAGUGAGGUACAUCUGCGUGGACGGGUUUUUACUGAAGGGUGAGUCUACAAUCAGAUGCCAGGCUGACGGGUCGUGGAGUUUGCCUUUGCCAGAAUGUAUUCCUGUGGAGUGCCCCCAGCCAGAAGAAAUUCAGAAUGGCAUUGUCGAUGUGCAGGGCCUCACCUUCCUUAGCACAGCCCUCUAUACAUGCAAGCCAGGGUUUGAACUGAUGGGGAACACCACUAUCCUCUGUGGAGAAGAUGGCCAGUGGCUAGGAGGGAGGCCAGCUUGCAAACCUAUUGAAUGCCCAAGACCUAAGAAGAUUCUCAACGGCAAAUACUCAUACACAAACUUCCAUUAUGGGCAGACUGUAAGAUAUUCCUGCGACAGAGGUUUCCAGCUCCAAGGGGAGGAAACUCUAAGUUGCCUGGAAACAGGACAGUGGAAUACAGAGGUUCCCUCCUGCAAAGCCAUAAAUUGCCAGCCCCCUCAGCCCAUUGAGAAUGGCUUUGUGGAAGGUGCAGAUUACAGCUAUGGAGCCAUGGUUAUUUACAGCUGUGUACCGGGCUUCCAGCUUUCUGGCCUUGCCAUGCAGACGUGUGAAGAAUCAGGCUGGUCUAGCUCCACUCCGACCUGCCUCCCUACAGACUGUGGCCUGCCUCCUCACAUUGACUUUGGGGAGUACGUGCAGGUGAGACAAGGGGAAAGACAUUCUGACCAGGAAAGUGUUACAGAGAGUCCCUCCCUUUCCCACAUAUUGCUAGCUGACAACUUGAAAGAUUUCAAAAGUUCUUCGAAGGGGAACAGUGCAAUGCAUCUGACCAGUUUCUUAUUUGGAACUACCAUUCUGUACACAUGUUACUCUGGUUAUGAGCUGUUGGGAAAUGCUGUUCUAGCUUGCCAAGAAGAUGGGGCCUGGAAUGGCACUGCCCCUGCCUGUGUUUCAAUAGAGUGUACCUUGUUGUCACCUCCAGAGAAUGGCUUUGUGCAUUUUACUGAGAACACGCUCGGUAGUGUGGUGCAGUACUCCUGUAAGCCUGGGUUCACGCUUGUUGGCUCCGACAAACGGCUGUGUUUGCCAGAUCGGCAGUGGAGUAACACUGCUCCAUACUGCAAGCUGAUAAUGUGCAGCUCCCCCACCCAGCUCAUGAAUGGAAACAUAAAAGGGGAAAACUACACAUAUGGGAGUGUUAUCUACUAUGAGUGUGAUCCUGGAUACCAGUUAAAUGGCCCCACACAGAGGAGGUGCCAGGAGAACCAGAAAUGGGAUGGCAGGGAACCGAUUUGUAUUCCUGUUUCCUGCAGCCCACCACCGAUUUUAGAGAAUGGUCAAGUGACUGGAGAGGAAUACACCUUCCAGAGACAUGCAGAGUACAGCUGCAAAGAAGGUUUCCUGUUAGAAGGGGACAGGAGUAGAGUCUGCCUCGCAAACGGAAGCUGGAGUGGAAUCACUCCCGUUUGCAAAGCUGUGAUCUGCCCUGUGCCUCUGCCUCUUCCUAAUGGGAGGAUUAGUGGCUCAGAUUUUGGCUUUAAGAAGGAAGUGCAGUAUCACUGCAGUGAAGGAUAUAGCCUGCAAGGAGCAUCUACGCUUACUUGUCAGAAGGAUGGUACUUGGGAUUCAGAAGCUCCACAUUGUGAUCCAGUCAUUUGUGGACCUCCUGAAGACAUCUCUCAUGGUUUUCUGAAUGGCUCAGGCUUUACCUACGGAGAAUUUGUCCAGUAUGAGUGCUUCCCUGGCUAUGAGCUUCAUGGUAAUCCGUUACGACAGUGUUUGUCCAAUGGCUCCUGGAGUGGAAGCCUUCCGUCUUGCCUCCUCUGUGAGUGCCCUGUGCCACAGAUUCAGAGUGGGAUCGUCCUUGGCAACGAUUUCAGCUGUGGCAAAAGUGCCCGGUUUCAAUGCCUGGAGGGUUUCAAACUGCUAGGGCCUUCUGAAAUCUCCUGUGAGGCAGCAGGCAAGUGGAGUUCUGAGUUUCCUCGUUGUAGACAGAUUUCCUGUGGGUCCCCACCCGACAUCCCCAACACAUUUAUCAACGGGAGCAGCUCUGCAGACGAGAACACCAUCGUCUAUAACUGCAUGACAGGUUUUGUCAUGCAGGGAAGUCCAGAGCUGACUUGUGCCGAGACAGGCGUCUGGAAGAAGCCGUACCCAAGCUGUGAGCUGCUAAGCUGUGGCCCGCCACCUUAUGUCCCAAAUGCAGAAGUUAUUGGGAAUACUCACACCUAUGGGAGCAAGGUCCAGUACAGAUGCCUGGAAGGUUACACAAUGGUGACAGAGGUGGAUGUAUGCACUUGUCAGGAAGACGGACAGUGGUCUCCUCAAAGUAUUUCCUGUUGUCCCAGAAAGUGUCCACUCCCAGCAAAUAUCACCCGUGUGAUCGUACUUGAGGACAACUUCACUGUGAAUACUAACAUCAGUCUGUCAUGUGUAGAAGGCUAUACUCUGGUGGGAGCAAGCACAUCGAUGUGCAAGGAGAGUGGCAUUUGGGUGCCACUGUUUUCUGAUGACAUCUGCAUUCCUGUGUCCUGUGGGACCCCAGAAGCUCCAGAGCACGGAUUUGUGGUUGGCACUAAAUACAGUUAUCAAGAUGUGAUUCUUUAUAAAUGUGAUUCUGGCUAUGAACUGCAAGGUGAUACAGAACGGACUUGCCAAGGAGACAAGCUCUGGAGUGGCACAGCACCAGCGUGCAGAAGGAUAUCGUGUGGGCCCCCAGAGGUGAUAGAGAAUGGAUCUGUUCGGGGAGAGGAGUUCCUGUUUGGCAGUGAAGCUCUUUACAGCUGCGACCCUGGCUUUGAACUACAGGGACCGAGCCGAAGGAUUUGCCACGUUGACAGAAAGUGGAGCCCCUCCGCCCCUUCAUGCGCGAGAAUUACUUGUGGGCUGCAUCCCUCAGUAGACAAAGCAGAGGCCAUGCCUACAGGAAGCACAUAUAGAAGUAACGUGACCUUUGUGUGCAAGUCUGGAUACCAUCUUGUUGGGCCCCAGAAUAUCACGUGCCUUGCCAAUGGGAGCUGGAGUAAACCCUUGCCUUUGUGUGAAGAGACCAGAUGCAAAGUUCCAGUUUCCUUUCUGAAUGGGAAGGUGAUCUAUGAAAACAAUACACUUGGAAGUACUAUAGAGUAUUUCUGCAAGAGGGGGUACAGCUUGGAGGGGGAACCUGCAGCGGAGUGCACAAAGGAUGGAAGAUGGAGUAAUCCCUUGCCUCUCUGUAAACCAAACCCUUGUCCUGUGCCUUUCAUAAUCCCAGAAAACGCCCUGCUCUCUGAAAUGGAUUUUUAUGUUGGGCAGAACGUAUCCAUCAGGUGCAGGGAAGGCUACCAGCUGAAAGGGCAAUCUGUAAUCACCUGCAACGCUGAUGAAACUUGGACUCCAACAACAGCUAAGUGUGAAAAGAUAUCUUGCGGGCCCCCAGCUCACGCAGAGAACGCUCUGAUCCGUGGUAGCUUCUACCAGUAUGGGGACAUGGUUACCUACUCGUGCUACAGUGGGUAUAUGCUGGAAGGGCCCCUGCGGAGCAUUUGCCUAGAAAAUGGAACGUGGACAACACCCCCCACCUGCAAAGCUGUCUGUCGGUUCCCAUGUCAGAAUGGUGGAGUAUGUGAACGACCAAACGCGUGCUCAUGUCCAGAUGGCUGGAUGGGUCGUCUCUGUGAAGAGCCAAUAUGCAUCCUGCCAUGUCUCAACGGAGGUCACUGUGUGGCCCCUUACCAGUGUGACUGCUCCCCUGGAUGGACUGGAUCACGCUGCCAUAUCGCUGUUUGCCAGUCACCUUGCUUAAAUGGUGGGAAGUGCAUACGGCCAAAUCGAUGCUAUUGUCCCUCAUCAUGGACUGGACACGACUGCUCUAGGAAACGGAAGGCUGGAUUCUAUCCCUUUUAACAUCAGAGCAACGAUUUCACAUCCAGAAAUCUUUCUUCAGCCUAGGCACCAGGGCUUGGAAUCGAAUGCAUUGUAAAUCAAAUCCAUUACUUCCCUUCCCCCCGCCCAGCUCCAUUUUUUUUAUAUUUUGUUCUGUGAUAUAUUUUCCCUGAACCUUUCCAUUUUUAAAGAAAUCCUCUGUAUUUUUCAUUUACAAAAGUAUAUCACAUUUAUGCUGCUACACACACACCGUACACACAUACACUAUACAAAUGUAAACAUUCCUACUGCCCACUGAGGAAGUAGUUGCGUGCAGUGAAGUCCUUCCCAUUUCUUACCUACAGUCAGCUGAGUGAAACGUACUAUAUUGUCAGUCGUGAUCAAACAGAAGGUGGCAGUUCUGCUUACCAUCUGCCAAAGCACACUGCAGUCCAGCAGUUCGACUGUAAAGAGUUACUGAAGGCUAACUGAGCCACUAAUCUUUGCAUUGGGCCUCUUUCUGAACUCUUGUUGACCUACAGCAAGAGGUACAUCUGAUAAAGUCCGUUGUGUAACCGUAGUUUCAGAUAGACUUAGAAGAAGAAUCAGUAACGUUUACUAAGUGACACUAAUUUCACUGGAAGGUGGCUUAAUGAAAGGCAUUGGCAAGAAUUUUACCUGGGGUUUAUUGGUAAAAUACCCAAAAACGUGGAAGAGAUGACAGAACAGUGUGUCAUUCAGAGAACGACAGACCAAGCAUAACCGACAGCGGCCCUUGAGGCUUUUUGACUUGCCGGCAGUUUGGGGUUAGCUCUAUUGCUGGGUAAUGCAGGAGCCAGCAGUGGAAAACCGUCAGACCACUGAAACUGAUGCUUCGCAGUUACUACGGGAGUAACUACCACCUGCCUGUAACCCGCAUCCCUUCCCUGUGUACGAUAUGGCAUAAAUGUCUAGCAGCUGUCUGACAUUUGACGUGGGUUUAGGAUCCCAAAGAUUGGCCCCGAAAAAGGGGGAGAAGGCACCCCUUAGGUUUACCGGUGAAACUUUGCCAUUUCUUUACAGAGCGGUGGUAUUUACACUGUGCAGAACCCUCAGAAAACUGGAAAAGGCCUCUCCUGAGGGCACACACAGGCACAAACGUCCUGCUGAGUAAGGAGUGCGGAGAGCACAUGCAGCAGUCAGAUUUCUCUUUCUCACAAUGUUGAUCCAAAUUGCAUCUGAGAAUAACGCAUGCUUGAGCGCCCUCAUCAAGUCAUGCGCUAAUGAACCGAGGUACUAAGAUGUACCUACUGUUAAGCAAAAAUUAGAGGGUGGAAAUCACAUGCAUGUGUUGAGGACAAAUGUGUGGUAAUUAGCAUCAGUUAGCAAAGUCUGAUCUGUGAGGGUUGUUAGACUGAGAACCUGAGAGUCAUCCAUCAGAAGCUCCGUUCUUCCCAGUAGUAAUAGAAAAGCAUGAAUGGCAUGCAGCCCUAGGAAAGAAGCAGGAAAAAUAUAUUUAUCUUCUGCAGCCUUGCUGCUUAAUUACCUUUCAGUAAGGUAAUUAAGGUUCCGAGUGCACACACCAUGCCCCCUGCUUUAUAAAUUUACCUUCCUUGUAUAAGUGCAUGAACUUGGGCAGAACUGUCGUAUGACACAAAGAGGAGCUAAUAAUUAUGAGAAAAGGACACCAGGAAAUAUUCACACAUAACUGUUGGCUGUUAAUGCAAGACCAAAAAUGGAGAAGAAAAAGACAAAUGAAAUUGUGAGCCAGUAAGAGCUUUCAGUCAACAGCUAAUUUAAAAAAAAAGUAUAGAUCAAGAGUAUAAAUUGUUAAGCAACCAGCUUAAUUUGAAUGCAGAGUCCUUCAAGAAGUUAAAAAGAGUUAUCAUUUCAGCUCUCACAAACUGCUUUUUCCUAUAGUCAGCUAGCACAGAGCAACCAUCUUCUGACUCCGAGCUCCACAGCCAUUGAUGUUGACAGCGUUGAUUGAAGUGUUCAGUAAAGAAUAUCCAUGUUUCAACCCAUAGCCACCACCAUCUGUGGGCACUUUGUUCCUUGACCUCCUUGCUGCCAUAGGCAGUGUUUGAAUGGAAACUGCAAUGAGCAACGUGGGAGCCCUCAAGCGAAAGAGUACAAUGAUGGCAGAAGUAGAUCUUUCUUUGUAUGUCACUCUCAUGUUUUAAAAAGUAAAUGGUCCCUUUUCUAGUGUA